CAAUGAGCUUUAUAAACUAGGCAAUAUAGGUAUCAAAGACCCCUCAGUUGCUCCAAACUCUCAAGUGAAUGAGAGAGAAAGGUUCAUAAUACAAAAUAGCAAGAGAGAGAGACCCAAGAAAAAGCUUUCAUCAUUUAACAUAGGGGAGCUUUGAAGACUCUAAGAAAAAGUUCUGAAAAUCUUUUGUUGCGAAAAGCUUAAUUAAAAGUACUUUACACCCUCUAUCUGUUUCUCUCUUUGUUUAGUCCUUCCUCUUCUUUGUAAAGCUGAACCUCCCACUAUCUCAAUUUUUUUUUGUCUCUGGGUCUUGUUGUUUCGUCAAAUCAAAAAUCUCUAGAAAUCCAAAUAAAGUCAAAAAGAGAGAAGAAAAAGUAGUGAUUGAUGAGAACAGAUCAAGGAGCAGUAGUGAUGUUGGAUGAUGAUGCUUCCAACAAGAACACUAGUAACCCAUGUUGUGUGGUUUCUUCUUCUUCUUCUUCUGAUCCUUUCCUCACUUCUUCUGAAAAUGGGGUCACCACCACAAACACAUCCACUAAGAAGAGGAAAAGAAGACCUGCAGGUACACCAGAUCCAGAUGCAGAAGUUGUGUCUUUAUCACCGAGAACUCUUCUUGAAUCAGACAGAUACAUAUGUGAGAUCUGUAACCAAGGGUUUCAAAGAGAUCAAAAUCUCCAGAUGCAUCGAAGACGUCACAAGGUUCCAUGGAAACUUCUGAAGAGAGACAACAACAUAGAAGUGAAGAAACGAGUCUAUGUUUGCCCUGAACCCACUUGUCUUCACCACUCUCCAUGUCAUGCUCUUGGUGAUCUUGUAGGAAUCAAAAAACAUUUCAGACGAAAGCACAGUAACCAUAAGCAAUGGGUUUGUGAGAGAUGCUCUAAAGGUUAUGCUGUUCAAUCAGAUUACAAAGCUCAUCUCAAAACUUGUGGCACUAGAGGCCAUUCUUGUGACUGUGGUCGCGUCUUCUCCAGGGUGGAGAGUUUUAUUGAACAUCAAGAUAACUGCUCCGUACGCAAGGUUAACCGUAAACCGCCGCCGCCACAAACCGCCGUUGCUGUCCCGGCCUGCUCCUCUAUAACCGCCUCAACCGCAAGCACUCCAUCUAGCGAAGGGAAUAACUGUGGUGCGGUUGCGGUUGCGGUUGCGACUCCUAUACCUCUAGAAGGGCGUCCAAUUCAUCUGAGAAACUCAUGUUUUACACCUUCUAUUCUCACCAACUCAUCGAGUCUCAACCUUGAACUCCAGCUUCUUCCAUUAACGUCGAAUCAAAACCCUAAUCAAGAAAACCAUCAACACAAAGUUAAUGAACCAUCUCAUCAUCAUCAUCAUCACGAUACCACAAACUUAAACCUAUCCAUUGCUCCCUCAUCGUCAUCAUAUCACCGUCACUACAACAACUUUGAUCGCAUAAAAGAAAUAAUGGCGAGCGAACAGAUGAUGAAGAUAGCGAUGAAGGAGAAAGCUUACGCGGAGGAAGCUAAAAGAGAAGCUAAGAGGCAACGAGAGAUGGCGGAAAACGAGUUUAUGAAUGCUAAGAAGAUAAGGCAACAGGCACAAGCUGAGCUUGAGAGAGCUAAGCUUUUAAAGGAACAAUCUAUGAAGAAGAUAAGUUCAACGAUUAUGCAAGUUACUUGUCAAACUUGUAAAGGACAGUUUCAAGCUGUUGCCGUUCCCGCGGCAGCGGACGAGACAUCUCUUGUGGUGAGUUACAUGUCAUCAGCGAAUACUGACGGAGAGGAAUCAUGAUAGAGUUUGAAAAGGGGUUUUAAUAUAUAAAAAUAAAAACUAAGAUAAAUGAAACAUUUUAUGAAUUACUACGUGUUGUUGUCUUAUUUUUCCUCUUUCUGUUACCAUAACUUAUGUGAUGGUUAAUUAUUGUCAUUGUUUA